CAAUGUUCGCCGACAUCCGCCGCGCUCAUGCGCUUACAUCACUUGACACUGAGACUACCAUCACUAUCACUUACCCAUCAAGCAGCGAGGUGGUAGUGCCGGAGGUCGAGGCCGUCCCAGUCUACUACGUCUCUCCUGUCUACUACGUUGACACGUACACCCCUGUCACCAUCGACUCUGCCGUUCCUAUCUACGUCAUCUCGUAAGAAUGUGGAAUUUUUCCCCAUGGAAUUUGAGAUCAAUAAAUGUCUGAAACUGG